CAACGCCAAGGCCGGUCAAACCCUGGCAUCACUUCACGAAUUCGCCAUAUACAUGAUCGGACCAGUUGUGCGCAUGGUUAGUCACUACCUUCAUUUAGAAUUAAAGAAAAUGCGUGAACAUCUGGAUAAUGACAGCCCACUACCUGGGGAUAGAUAUCUAUUCAUCCUUGGCACCAAUGACCCCAACCAAAUGGAAGCCUUUGUCCAAUCCUAUUGGCAAGACACCAAUUGCUUGGCCAAUGAUUAUACAAAAUACGACCAAAGCCAGAAUCACGAGUUCUUGCACUUUGAAGAUUUGCUUCACCAACACCUUAGAAUCCCGAAUGUCCUUCGUGACAUGUAUGUUUGGCUCAAGACCAACACACAGACUUUUCUCAAAAAUUUGUCUGUCAUGAGAAUCACAGGUGGUGCAGAAACUUACAAUUACAACACUAUUGAAAACAUCGCCUACACUUUUCUCAAUUUUGUAAUAUCCCCCGAAAUGCCAACCAUGUUUUCCGGAGAUGACAGCUGCAUCUGUGGGGUCCCCAAAAUCUCAACUCUCUUUCAGGAAUUUGGCCACGAGUUUGCCCUGCAGGGCAAACCU